AUGCCUCCACUCCUUCCUUUCACGACAGUCGAUAACAAAGAUCCUCGUCGACGGGAUUGCCCCCUAAGGGACAUUCCUGUUUGGAGGCGUGGGAUUCUGCAGCCUUCUGCCCCAAGCGGUGAGGAAAAUCUCCUUGGGGGAGGUCUUGUGUGCUCUGACUAG